AUGGCUGCCAAUCAAUGUGUCGGUAACCCGACCUUCAACGAGGUCACAAACGGCGCCAUCUCCGAAUGGCCCGACAACCUCCCGGGACUCAUCUGUAAAACGCCCCCAUUUGGCACCAACAGCGCCUCUCGGUUCGCGCAGUGCUGUUCUGGUCCCGUAUACAAUAUCACAUCGCCGACAAGCGCCGAUGAUCCAGCUUAUCCCGUCAGCUGUGCCACGCUCUGCCAGAUGGACCCGGCCCUGAAUAAAUUUAACAACAAAUACCCGUAUCAUUGGAGUGACCACUUCAUGUGUCUCACUGAUGGUGGUACCGAAGCCUCGGAUUGGGACGUUGUCUGUGAUACUGUGACUGUGAAAGGGGAUCCGGCGCCGACUUCAUUCAUCCAUACUCCAACGGGGCCCUGGCAGACCAGCAGCUAUGCUCUCGACAGUUGGGGGUUUCCUGAGCCUACGGCGGUGUCUGUCCUCUCCAACGUCCAGUCGGAGACGACAGCAGUUAGCUCCACGAGAUCUAGUACUCCCACCGCCACUAGUACAGGUCUCUCGGAGACAGCAUUGCCUUCGACAUCGGUAUUGCCGUCGAUUAGCUCGUCUCCGCCAUCAUCACCAUCACCAUCACCAUCAUUAUCUGGAACAGGAACUACAACAGCACCUGUACCGACGACUAGCACGUCGAAUGGCGGAAAACUCAAUUUGAAAAAUGCUUCUACGGCGCUGCUUGCUGUUUCCAUGCUCUGUAUUGGAUGGGGUUCUCUUUAA